GACAUGGAGCAGGAGCAAGCGUACCGUAGGAAGCCGCGUCAGACCAAUUCGCGUCGCUCUCUUUCCUGCAUCUCCUCGUUAUUGACACUCAGUCCGCACGCUUGAACACUCACCAACCCUACGAUAUGGCCACAGGAUCAUCGAAAGAGGCGCAAGCCUACCUAAUCGACCCUUUGAACGCCCCUGAGCCUUCGGCAGAAACGGGUCCAGGAUCGCACUUCCGCUCAACGUUCGAUUCGAAGCAGCCAACCACCACUACGACGAGCACAACAUCCCCACGCACGUCUCUCAGCACCAACAACCCUUUCCGUGAUACUGCUACUUCGACCACCCAGAAGCAGGCCACAGCAACCACGUCAGAAGCCUUCCCCAGCUACCGUACCGAAGCAUUUGGCGACCACAACACCACUCGCCGCCAUGCUCCUCCGCCGUACGAAGAUGGCAAGGCAGGCGCAAGCAGCGGACCCUCCUCCGGUCGCCGCCGGACAAGCUCGCUGAAGGAGCGUUUCCCAGGCGACGACAGCACCAGGCCCUUGGACAUAAUUAGGAAAGACUCCAAGAAGGCCCACCGUUCGCCGCACCUGAACAAACGUCACCUCCCCGGCCCUGACGUGAUUGACCGCCUGGACCCAGCUCUCGGAGGUCGCGCGUACCAUCAUGAGGGUCCGUACGAUGCUGCCACGUUGGCGAGAAACAUGGAUAGCAAGACCAGCCCGAUCGCUGCAUUGCAGACUACCAAUGAAGAGGCGUUGAAGGCAACGCCAGCCGAGAACAUUAAGGAUGCGGUGGAGCGGCAUCAGCCUUUGGAUGGUGUUGCUAUUGUGCCGCCGGGUAUGCCGGAUCGCUUCGGCAGGACAUAUGACUAUGAGGAAGGCACGGACAUGAUGCGGGAGGGUCCAAUGGACGGUCCAGGCUACAAGCAGUGGGCUGGCAAGGACUAUGAUCCAACUGACCUCAAAGGCCAAUCUGAGCCAACAUACUCUCUUGACCGUGCUCUCCAAGCUCACACGAUCAACGACAACGGUAUUGAGAUGGAGGACCGUGCGGAUCGCAUGAGGGACUACCGUACCGCCGAGCGCAAAGGCACUCUGGAUACCCGCGAUCCCGUGGAAAUUGCGGGCGAUGAUGGCAAGUACGUCGAUAUGGAGUAUGCUGCAUACAAGAACGAUCGUGAAAACGAAGAGAAUGUGCAGCGGAGUGGCAGUUUGAGAGCGGCUGGCGCGAGUCUCAAGAAGAGGAUUGGGAGCUUGAGGCAUAGGAAGGACCAUGAUGAGUAG